AUGCUGAUAUUUGUUUUUAAGUACCGUGGCUUAUUUGUGAGAUCUCUUGGGUGGUUCGAGAACGAUGACUCUAUUUUCAUUGCAAUGGAACAUAUUGAACAUGGCGACCUCCAAAGUAAGUUGACAGGUCCAUUGCCUGAAGCCGAAGUUCGACAGAUUUCUAUUCAGAUCCUAAGGGGUCUUCAGCACCUUCAUAACAACCGCUUUAUUCAUCGAGAUCUCAAGCCCGAGGUAACAACAGGUCCUAAUUGGUGGAUCAAAAUUGGCGACUUCGGGUUCAGCAAACGUUUCGAUGAAACGAAUAUCACAGCAACACAGGUCGGCACCCCGCGUUUUAUUGCCCCUGAAGUGCUUCAACUUUACCCUCCGGAGCUAAAUGGCCAGAACAUCAAUCAUCGCUCCACCUAUAGCGUCGAUAUAUGGUCGUUAGGUGUGAUGUCGUUCUUUAUGCUCACCCACUUCUAUCCAUUCCCGAAACUUCAAGACCUGUUGUCAUAUGUCCAAACUUCAGACUUUCCAGAAAGUUCAUCGCUAUCUUCUAUCAGCAGGGAAGCUUAUAGCUUUUUAAAGGGUCUACUAGUGGCUGAUCCGUCAAAGAGGAUGUCUGCCGAAGAGGCCUUUGAAAGCCCGUGGCUGAAAGAAGAUCCGUUGGCUUUUCCCUCCAGCAUAGAGCAAAGAAUGAUCUCAGGCUUGUCUGAAACUUCAAAUUCAACAGAAGCUUCAAAAUCUUGGAAUGCUCUGAGUGAAUCCUCAGAUGUGACUAUAUCAGAACUUAAUCUUCCAAAUCUGCAACUCUCAAUCCCGAUAGAAGGCGACCAAAGUCGGACCCCAAUUAACAACAAUGCUUCCCUUGAUUGGUUCGCCAGAGGGGAGUCUUUUUACAGGACAGGACAUUAUGUAGAAGCUGAAACGUCGUUUCGAGUGUCCUUUGAGGGGAAAAAAGUGACACAUGGUAUUGAUCAUGCCGAAACACUUUGUUGUUUCUAUUGGAUAGGCCGGGUUAUCUAUGUUCAAGAAAAAUAUUCCGAAGCCGAAGGAGUUUUUCGACAAGUCUAUGAGAGAAAGAAGGAGACCCUUGGUGCAGAUCACGCUGAUACACUCGAUUCUCUCCAUUGGACAGGUCUUACCCUCCACGGUCAACAAAAGUAUGAUGAGGCCGAGGCGACAUUUCAACGGGCAGCUGAGAGACGAAAGGAGACCCUCGGUCCAUAUCACGCUGAUACACUUCAUUCUAUCCAUUGGAUAGGCCGAGUUCUCUAUGAUAUGAAAGGGUUAUCUGAGGCCGAAGCAGCCUUUCGACAAGCCUAUGAGAGAAGGAAGAAGACCCUUGGCGCAUAUCAUGCUGACACUCUUUAUUCUCUACAUUGGAUUGGACUUGCCCUCCAUGGCCAAAUAAAGUAUUACAAGGCCGAAGAUACUUUUCGACAGGCCUAUGAGGGCAAGAUUAAGACCCUCGGUGCAGAUCACGUUGAUACACUCCAUUCUCUUCAUUGGACUGGCAUCGUACUCUUUGAUCUACAAAAGUAUGAUGAGGCUGAAGAAACCUUUCAAUUGGUCGUUGAGAGACGGAUGAAGACCCUCGGUGCAGAUCACCCUAAUACACUCAAUUCUCUCCAGUAUCUGGGUCUUGCUCUCUUUAGUCAAGAAAACUAUGUUGAAGCUGAAGGAACCAUUCGAGAAGCCUUUACGAGAAGAAAGAAUACCCUUGGCUUAGACCACGCCGACACACUUUUCUCUCUCUGUUGGAUAGGCCUUGCCCUCCAUCGUCAAGAAAAGUAUUCUGAGGCCGAAGCAGCCUUUCAAGAGGUCUUUGAAAGACGAAAAAUGAUUCUCGGUAUAAAUCACGCUGAUACUCUCGAGUCUCUUCAGCGUCCUUUCAACUUUGGAAGGUUAAUCCCCGGGUCUGAGCUGAGUUCUUCACUGAGCUCUAAACCGUGUUUUGCCAGUUGA